AUACAGUGAAGCUCAACUUCAAAAAACGUACGCAGAAUAUCUUGAGAAUUAAAAUGGAUUUUAAUUUACACAAGGACGGGUCUAAGGUAUAUUCCUGGCUGUAUAAGCCCGGGGUUAUCGAUCGUCGUUGGGAGCUAGAGGUAGAACAGCAAAUGGUACAAUAUCAAGCAUACAGAACAGGUCGGACUGUACGAGAAAGCAGCCGCCGCGGUGAUGCAAACACAUCGAUGCAGGGAGGCUAUGACCCUUUACCAGUCUACUUUAUCGGUCCAGCCGGCGAGUGCAGAUUUGACGCCGCCGCGGAGUGGGACAAACACGGUGGAGCACAAGCAAAACCAAAAUCAAGGAUAUUCGAUUUAUUGGAAAGUCUAGCAUAUGAAGGUAUCCGAGCUUAUACAAACAACAAAAAUAUAAUCGACUGGUUGGGGCGAUUUGUACCGGAGAUUAGGAUUGAAGAGGACAAAGACCCAAGGUUUUCUCCUCUUAUUGGCAUGGCUUUCGGAAAAGAUGAAGAGUGUGAAAUGGUCGAGUUUCCAAAGGUUGCAGAUGACGAUGAAGACGAAAAUAAUGCAUUUGAUGUUGAAGAGUAUGAAUUAGAGGAGGGGUAAAACAAGAAACAGUUUUAGAUAGUUCUUUUUAAUUGCAUACGUUUUAUUUUGCUGUUGAUUUUUGAGAAAAAAUAAAUGAAUAAGAAAA